AUGUCAUAAGAUUAAGUAGUAGGUAGAAAAUUAGAAUAAGACAUAGAAGAAAUAGAAAAGUAUUUAGAUGUAUUAACUUAUUAUUAUAAUAUUUUAGUCAUCAUUUUAUAAGAUCAUGAAUUUCAUAGAUUAGGUAUUCAUAAUAGAUUCUCCAGUUUCUUAGAUUAAUCAUCCAAAAUCAAAAAUAUAGUUAUCAAAAUUUGAUUAAUUCCAUUUUAUUGAUUAAUAAGAAUAUAUAUCAGAUAUUGUUUAAGAAGUAAAAUCAUUAAUCAAUUAUAAUAUCAAAGAUCAAGUUUAAAUAUAAUCAUAACAGUAACAAAAAAAUUAGUAACUAUUAAUAAAUUCAUAAUAAUAAUUAUUAUUAUUCUAAUAGCAAAAUGAAUAGAAAUCUCAAUCAUAAGUCAAUCUUAAACCAUUUAGUUAUGAGAUAAUUUAAGCUAGUUCUAUUAAAUAAUAAGAAUAUUGUUAUGCAGUUGCUAUUAAUAAAGAUUGUUCAUUUGUAGCGGCUGUUUGUAAUAAACUAAUUUAAAUAUAUGACUUCAAAUAAGGAAUGAUAAAAUAAAAUCAAGUUUUAAAUUAACAUUAAAGCGAUGUGACCACUUUAAAUUUUAUGAAAUAAUCAAAUUAAUUGAUUUCUGGAGAUCAUGGAUCUAUUUUGAUUUGGACAUAUAAUAAUGAUAAUUCAUGGAUUUGUUCAUAAAAUAUUAAAUGUCAUAGUGGAUAUAUUAGAUGCAUAAUUUUGAAUAAUAAUGAAGAUCUUUUUAUAUCAUCUGUAUAAUAAUCUGAAUUAAGAUGA